AUGACCUAUAUCCUUGUGGGUGGCGAGGGGCUAGUUUGCCCGCUUGCGCUGGAAAACAACGAUUCCGAUAGGAGUUGCGCGAACCGAAACGAGCGCAGAGUCCGUCGACCGCGUCUAAAUCCAGCCAAGGUCCCCGGCUGGAGGGCGCUGCGUCCGAGCGGCAUUGCGCCGGCCGCACUUAGGGCUUGCGUCGAGUGCCUGGGCCUGACCUACCGCAACUGCGUCGCACUUGCGGAUUGGGAAACCGAAAUAACCGGGACGUCAGCUGCUCGCAGCGUGCAUCGACUUCCGCAUUACUUUCCCAUCGGCGCUAUCGACGCGCCCCGAAAAACGAUACGGCGUGCGGCGCUCCACGAGUCCGGAACCGUCGCCCCGGCACCAUUUGAGUCUCGCCGCGUACUCCCCGCAUCCAAAGCGCUGCACCGCACGUCGAUUGGCACAACCGGCUUCCCGUUGCGUAAGCCGGCGACGCAGGUCACCGAUCCCGCACCGCACAAUUGGGCCGCCCAAAAAUGUGUCAAGUUGAAACCGGGUCGUUCACCCCGCCCUGCUGUGUUUACGUUAUCCUCCUUCGCGCGGCGGAACGGCCGAUGGUGCUUUUUGCCGCUCCCGAGCGGAACGCGCCGCGAUGAAGAUAGCGUCGCAUCGCAAUUCGGAAUUUGUCUUCCACCGGAG